UUACUGGUUUGUACUGGUUUGUUACUGGUUUGGGGUUUUUCAGACUGGUGGGUUACUGGUUUGUACUGGGGCUCACUGGGGGUGCUCUGGGGGGGUUACUGGUUUAUACUGGUGCUUACUGGUGCUCACUGGUUUGUACUGGGGUCAGUUCUGGGUGCAGGACGGUUACUGGUUUGUACUGGUUUGUUACUGGUUUGGGGUUUUUGGAGCUGGUGGGUUACUGGUUUGUACUGGGAUGGCUCCGGGGGUUACUGGUUUAUCCUGGUGCUCACUGGUUUGUACUGGGGUCAGUUCUGGGUGCAGGACGGUUACUGGUUUGUACUGGUUUGUUACUGGUUUGGGGUUUUUGGAGCUGGUGGGUUACUGGUUUGUACUGGGAUGGCUCUGGGGGGGUUACUGGUUUAUACUGGUGCUUACUGGUUUGUACUGGGGUCAGUUCUGGGUGCAGGACGGUUACUGGUUUGUACUGGUUUGUUACUGGUUUGGGGUUUUUUGGACUGGUGGGUUACUGGUUUGUACUGGGAUGGUCCCAGAGGGGUUACUGGUUUAUACUGGUGCUUACUGGUUUGUACUGGGGUCAGUUCUGGGUGCAGGACGGUUACUGGUUUGUACUGGUUUGUUACUGGUUUGGGGUUUUUGGAGCUGGUGGGUUACUGGUUUGUACUGGGGCUGACUGGGAUGGCUCCGGGGGUGUUACUGGUUUAUACUGGUGCUUACUGGUGUUACUGGGGGUCAGUUCUAGGUGCAGGACAGUUACUGGUUUGUACUGGUUUGUUACUGGUUUGGGGUUUUUCAGACUGGUGGGUUACUGGUUUGUACUGGGAUGGCUCCGGGGGGGUUACUGGUUUAUACUGGUGCUUACUGGUGUUCCUGGGGGUCAGUUCUGGGUGCAGGACAGUUACUGGUUUGUACUGGUUUGUUACUGGUUUGGGGUUUUUGGAGCUGGUGGGUUACUGGUUUGUACUGGGGGUGCUCUGGGGGUGUUACUGGUUUAUACUGGUGCUCACUGGUUUGUACUGGGGUCAGUUCUGGGUGCAGGGCGGUUACUGGUUUGUACUGGUUUGUUACUGGUUUGGGGUUUUUGGAGCUGGUGGGUUACUGGUUUGUACUGGGAUGGUCCCAGGGGGGUUACUGGUUUAUACUGGUGUUACUGGGGGUCAGUUCUGGGUGCAGGACGGUUACUGGUUUGUACUGGUUUGUUACUGGUUUGGGGUUUUUUGGAGCUGGUGGGUUACUGGUUUGUACUGGGAUGGCUCCGGGGGGGUUACUGGUUUAUACUGGUGCUUACUGGUGUUACUGGGGGUCAGUUCUGGGUGCAGGACGGUUACUGGUUUGUACUGGUUUGUUACUGGUUUGGGGUUUUUGGAGCUGGUGGGUUACUGGUUUGUACUGGGGCUGACUGGGAUGGCUCCGGGGGGGUUACUGGUGCUUACUGGUGCUUACUGGUUUGUACUGGGGGACGACGCCAUCGCCAACGAGGAGCCCCCCGAGGGGGGGACGGGGGAGGCCGAGGAGAAAACCUGGAUGUGGUGGCACAAGUUCCGCACCCUCUGCGACUACAACAAGCGGGUGGCUCUGG